AUGGCAUCUACCCCAAUGGAUAUCGAUGAUGCAUCCCCGGCAGCAGCUACCCCGUCGCUCAACAUCACGCGGACCCUGGGAGCUAAUGUCUCCAGCACAGCAGUCGUUAGUGAUGUGAUAUCGCUUUUCAGGCCGACAAAGCUGUUUAGGCGGGAUGACAUCAAAGAGGGCAAGCCGCAACCCCAUAUCUUGUCGAUCGACUUCGAUGACCCGGGCGAGCUCUGCAUGACCUCGGAGAGCGACGAGACUAUACAGCUUUACAGUGUAAAAGAAGGCAGGCACGACAAGAGCCUACUGAGCAAAAAGUAUGGUGUACGACUGGCCAAGUUCACACAUACGAGCUCAAGCAUUAUAUAUGCCAGCACUAAACAGAAUGACGCGAUCCGAUACCUUGCUACGCAUGACAAUUCCUUCAUCCGGUACUUUGAGGGACAUGAGGGCGCCGUCACCAACCUCGCUAUGCACCCUGGCUCCGACAAUUUCAUAUCCUGCAGCAUCGACAACACGGUGAGGAUAUGGAACAUAGGUACAAAGCAGUGGACCGGCAAGCUUUACCUCAACUCGCCCUACCUGUCGGCGUGGGACCCGUCAGGCAACAUCUUCGCCGUGGCAUCGCCGACCAGCGGGAGCAUCCUCCUCUACGACUAUCGCAACUACGAGAAGGGGCCGUUUUCGAUCUUCGACGUGCUUAAAGCACGCGGGCCGGCAGAUGCAGAAGCCGCAUUCAGAGGCUGGACGAAGCUCGAGUUCUCCAACGACGGCAAGCACAUCCUUCUCGGAUCACGUGGUGCGGGCCACUUCCUCCUGGAUGCGUUUGACGGGAGCCUGAAGGCGUAUUUGAAGAAGCCGGGCGCUAGUACGAGGCGGUUAGCGGUGGGUGAAACAGAAGGCGGAACAGUCGAGAGCAGUGGGGAAUGCUGCUUCUCCCCCGACGGCCACUUCGUGCUGAGCGGAGCAAGGUCAGAUCUCGUGAUCUGGGACACUCUGACUACCCCUUCAGGCGACAAGGUGCUGGACCCUGUGCAUGUCCUUGAGGAAAAACGGGAGACGGCUGUGGUGGCGUACAACCCCCGAUUCAACAUGAUUGCCACAGCCGAUCAAGAGCUCGUGUUCUGGUUGCCUGACCCUCAUGUGUAG